GGACGGACACUUCCCUUUAUCCCUCGUUCUCUCACAGACAAUACGAGGAGCGACUACGCCAAGAUAGGCGCCGGCGCGCAUGGUACUGGCCGUCUCGGAACGCCGAAACACGUCGUCUUUUCCACGCGGCGCAUUGCUACUGGCUGAGCCCCGUAGCUGCGAGCACUAUUGGUCAGCCGUUGUGGGCCACGCGAGCAGACGUGGGCGCCGCGUUGCCUCGUUACCUGCCCGGCCCCAGCCGUCAGACAAAGGACUCGCCCUCCGGUGGCCUCACCGGAGGUGGCCGCACUCUAACCGUCCCCGCUAUUUAUUAAGCGAAGCGCGGUGCGUUUCGCGCUCGCUACCCACCAGGAGGAUUUCGGGCCGGAGAAUCGGCGGAAGGUUCGAGAAGUUUCCGGUUAUAGCGGUGGCCGGUGGGCGUUCGCUCGCCGUCGACGGUGAUGAUGGCGGUCCUCGAGAGGUCGUCGUCCCCCGCCGCGGUCGCCGUUGCGGCCCUGAUCGCGCUCGCGUCCGUCGCCGCCGUCGCCGGCGAGGUCUUCUUCCAGGAGAAGUUCGACGUUGUUCGUUGGUUCGUGGAGCGAUGCGGCUGUUUCUGUUUUCUUUCGGGUGGUAUCAGUGUUCGUCGUUGUUCUGGAGCUCGUUGGCUUCCGUGGGGGCUGGCGCACAGUUUGUUUCGACGCGAGGAAUCUCGAGCGGAACUCGUUGAUCCCUCGGCCACGAAUGGUGUUUCCUCGUGCAUUUCCUUUGCAUUCGACACUGAUUUUUCGUCGCGUGCAUGGAUCAGCCUGUUUCUAUGGCAAUCGCAUCUUUUCCAGACGUUUGUUUUCCUGGAAUUUUGGCCAUUCAAUGGGUGGGAGGAUCGGUGGGUCAAGUCCGACUGGAAGAAGGACGACAACACGGCCGGCGAGUGGAACCAUACGUCUGGUAAAUGGUACGGAGACGCCGGCGACAAAGGUAUCCAGACCUCUGAAGACUACAGGUUCUACGCCAUUUCAGCGCAGUACCCCGAGUUCAGCAACAAGGACAAGACCCUGGUGCUGCAGUUCUCGGUGAAGCACGAGCAGAAGCUUGACUGCGGUGGUGGCUAUGUGAAAUUGCUUGGUGGCGAUGUCGAUCAGAAGAAAUUUGGUGGGGACACGCCAUACAGCAUCAUGUUUGGGCCGGAUAUCUGUGGGUAUGCCACCAAGAAGGUCCAUGCUAUCCUUACUAAAAACGGCAAGAACCAUUUGAUCAAGAAGGAGGUGCCAUGUGAGACCGAUCAGCUGACACAUGUGUAUACUCUGAUCAUCCGUCCUGAUGCCACAUACAGCAUUCUCAUUGAUAAUGCUGAGAAACAAUCUGGCAGCAUCUAUGAUGAUUGGGAUAUUCUUCCUCCAAAGAAGAUCAAAGAUCCUGAAGCCAAGAAGCCAGAAGAGUGGGAUGACAAAGAAUACAUUCCAGAUCCUGAGGACAAGAAGCCAGAGGGUUAUGAUGAUAUUCCCAAGGAAAUUCCUGACCCUGAUGCAAAGAAGCCAGAGGAUUGGGAUGAUGAAGAAGAUGGUGAAUGGACAGCCCCAACCAUUCCUAACCCUGAGUACAAAGGACCAUGGAAGCAAAAGAAAAUCAAGAACCCCGACUACAAGGGCAAGUGGAAGGCUCCCUUGAUUGACAACCCAGAUUACAAGGAUGAUCCUUACAUCUAUGCUUUUGACAGUUUGAAGCACAUUGGCAUUGAACUGUGGCAGGUUAAAUCAGGAACUCUGUUCGACAACAUUCUGAUCACUGAUGACCCUGAGUACGCCAAGAAGUUUGCAGAGGAGAACUGGGCCAAGCAGAAAGAUGCUGAGAAGGCUGCCUUUGACGAGGCUGAGAAAAAGAGGCUUGAGGAGGAAUCUCCGAGCACUAAUGAUGACAACGAUGCAGAUAAGGAUGAGGAUGAUGUGGAAGAUGACAAGGCUGAUACAGCCGCUGAGGAGACCAAGGACUCUGCUGAUGCAAAACCGGAGGACGGCAAGGUCGCUGCUGAUGAGAAACCGGCGGAGAGCAGCAAAGAUGCUUCUGCUGAGGAGAAGAAACAUGACGAGCUCUAGGGAGUGCGGAUGAAGAGCAGGAGAGGCUGUCAAAGUUUUCUGUUCCGGUUUUAGCCCGAGUUAAACUGUUCUUGGUAGGGUUACCAUCCGAAUUGAAUAGAAAGUCAUGCGUCUCGACAUGGCGAGUACUCCGUCCCUGUACAACACUACUGAGUGCCUGUUUGGAUCCAAGGGAAAGAGAAAGAGAAAGUGAAAAUUUUUUGCUCUUUUGCACUUUUUUUGCACUUUUGGAUUCAAACACCCCAAAGUGCAAAAGGGCAAAUGCUACCGUAAUUUUG